UGGUCUUGACAAAAAAAAAAAAUCCCAAGCUUGCCUUCGAGACUAAAAUAAGACUGAAACUUUUAGGAGUUAAGACCAGGACAAGACCUGAGACCUUCAAAAUCUGGUUUGGAGCCCAGUCUGGAGAAUUGCAACACUACAGCACAUUCAAACCCAAGUUACAAUGUCUAUUUUGUUCGCCGCAUUUCUGCUGAGCACAGCGCAAACAUGAAGCCGAGCAGUGUCCAACUGAGUUGUGCACUCUAGCUAGCAGGGAAGGAGGAGGGCUGAACGCUCCACGUCAGGCUUGAUCAUAACCAUAUGCUGAAGUGAAAAGCAAAGUGGGACAGGAAAAUUUUGGGGAGAAUUGAAAAACAGAAUCUGAAAGGAAGGACAAAUCCUUGAAUGGAAUAAGCAGUGAAUAAAAGUCAAGCUUUGCCAGGCAGCACAUCUGCAAAGUCAUUUUUCUUUGUGAAUGUCAGGAAAGAAACUGGGCAGGGCCUCAGGCAGAGGAAGUCAUCUGCUAUUUCACACACUGCUGAAGUUGGGAAUUCUCCUGACUACUGUCGCGCUUUGCUAGAGCGGGCUAGACCUCGGAGAGCUCGGCCACAUCUGACCGGACUGCCUGGAAAUGGAAUCUGGCUCUGGAAAAGAAGAGUACAGUCAUCAGAUGAACAUUUUGGAGGCUGUUCCUUUUCCCUUAUAUGGCAACAGAGAUGGGAAGUCAUUCGAACUGGAACGGGUUCUUCUCGCGUGCCUGCCUGUCUGCUAUUAGCGCUGACACCACUCGCAUCUGCUACGCUUUUCUAUUUGUUUUGCCAUUCUCGGCGCUCGGUUUGGAUUUUUUUCUAUUUGUUUUGCAGGAAUAUUUGUUUGUGGUUGAACAGGCAGGGACGACCGAAUUGCCGUUUGAACAUCCGUUUUUGGUUGGAUGUUUCCGUUUUCUUUUAAAGAUCCAGGAAGUGAAGUUGGAUUGGAGGCGGUAAUACCGUUACGCCCUCCCCAUGUGGAUUACCUUAAUUAGACUGUUGGUAAACAUCGGUCGCCAUGGCGACGGCAGCGUGGUAUCACCGCGACAUCAGCCGCGUGCACGCAGAGGACUUGCUGGCGCGAGCCGGGAGGGAUGGAAGCUUCCUGGUCAGGGAUAGUGAAUCUGUGCCUGAAGCCUACGCUCUGUGCUUAUUAUUUCAACGCCACGUCCAUACGUAUCGCAUCCUCCCAGAUGGAGACGGCCUCCUCGCAGUCCAGACCACACAGGGAGUGCAGGUCAAUUGUUUCCGGACAUUGGAAGACCUGGUUAUUGGAUACCAACACCCGCACAAAGGCUUGGUCACCCCUUUGCUAUACCCGGUCCCCCGUGAUGCUGACACGGGAGACGAAAGCUCAGAUGAUGAGAAGACCCCCCAAAGUUCAGCCCCCAUCAGCUCGGUUACUUUUACUACACCUCCAGCAAAACCAGACACUCAUGCUUUAUUCCUGGAUAAAUUGCAGGAACUCAACACGUCAAGAAACCCUGCUGUCUUUUGCAGUACUGCCAGUGACGUGAUCGGACUGCUGAAUGACUACCUCUUCAGCGAGCUGCCCCUGGACAUUGAGAAUGUGCACAAAGGGGCCACGUCCCUUUGCCACCUCAAGCGGACUUUAAGUGUCGCCUGCCAGGGCCUGAACAGCGAGAUCGACUUGACUCUCUCCAGUCUGGAAACCCUGGCAAAGGUUUUCGACCACCCCAACUGCUCCUUGUCGAAAGCCAAUUCGCAGGGUCCUGAAAUGGAGAUGGAUGCCUUGCUGUGUAAGAUUUCUGCAUUGGUCAGUCUCCUUUCUUCUCUAGAGAAAAAGGUACUCAUGGCUCUCCAAGACGCGGUAACCAAUCACAAUCUGGCAGUACAACCUAACCCACCUCCUCUCGACCCGACGCCCAACAUUACUGCCAAGAACCAAGGACGUCGGCAGAUGCCAGUGCAUUCGUUUCAGGUGAAAAUGCUACGCUACGGCAGGCAGACUAUCUCUGUUGACGUGGAUGCAGGCGUCCUUCUCUUUGACAGGAAGGCCAACUCGAUGGACGUAGAGCGGGUCUCGCAUGACAGAGUCCUUCAGGUUGUCAAGUACCAGAGUAGUCAUGCCAAGGUACGCAUGGUGAUUGACAGCCACCAUAAUGCACCACGGGAGAUGAUAUUUGAGAGCACACGGAAGGGUGAUGCUUUCUGCCAACUCAUCCAGCUGAUGAAAACAAAGCAUUCCAAGCUGAGCGAACCUGAUGUCAUCUCUGUUUUUGUGGGCACCUGGAACAUGGGAGGUUCCCCUCCGCCUCGCAGCCUUCAGUCGUGGGUGACCUGCUGCGGCUUGGGGCACACGCCCGACGAGUCCACGGCGUUGCUGCCUCAUGACAUCUAUGCCUUGGGCACGCAGGAAAACCCUCAGGGCGAGAGGGAGUGGGCGGAGCAUGUUAAAGCCACCCUGCGGAGCCACACCCACAUUGACUUCAAACAGGUGGCAGUGCAGUCCCUCUGGAACAUGCGCCUGGCUGUGUUUGUCAAACCAGAGCAUGAGCGCCGAAUAAACCACGUGAGCACCGCAAGCGUCAAGACUGGCCUGGGCAACACUCUAGGGAACAAAGGAGCGGUCGGUGUGUCAUUCAACUUCAAUGGAACAUCUUUUGGCUUUGUUAACUGCCACCUGACCUCAGGAAGUGAGAAAGUUCUAAGGAGGAAUCAGAACUUUGUGGACAUCCUUCGGCUACUUUCAUUAGGUGACAAGCACCUUGGCGCCUUCGACAUCAGCUUGCGCUUCACUCACCUCUUCUGGUGCGGAGACCUCAACUACCGACUGGACCUGGACGUUCAGGACAUUCUGAAGCAUGUAUCGAAAAGAGAGUUUGAGGAACUCAUGUGUGCGGACCAGUUGACCCGAGAACGGCACAAGAGGAAAGGCUUUCUCUAUUUUAAGGAAGAGAAGAUUUCCUUUCCGCCAACCUACCGGUACGAAAGAGGAUCGAGAGACUGCUACCUGUGGCAAAAGUACAAGACUUCAGGGGUGCGAGUCAAUGUUCCCUCAUGGUGUGACAGGAUUUUGUGGAAGUCAUACCCAGACACACACCUCAUGUGCACAGCAUAUGGUUGCACAGAUGACAUUUUCACCAGUGACCACUCUCCUGUUUUCGCCACCUUCCAAGUUGGCGUGACGAAUCAUUUUAGCUCCAAAGCAGAUCCAGGUUCCGGUGUGGAGAGGGCAUGGGUUGAGCUAGAAGGCAUCGAGGCCAUUGUCAAAACAGCUAGCAAAGAAAAGUUCUUGAUUGACUUUUCCUCAUCUUGUCUAGAAGAAACUCGUCGCUCAAGUGAAAAUGAUUCUCAAAGCUGCGACGUUCCAGGCUUUCUCAAACUGGGCUGGUCCUUUAAACAGCUACCAAAGCUGCUUCCACAUCGGUCUGACAUGGAUUACCUCCAAGAUCAGCACCUGCUGUUAUCUGUCAAGUCAUGCGAUGGUUUCGAGUCAUACGGCGAGUGCUGUGUUGCUCUGCGCUCUCUUGUGGGCGCGUCUGAGCAGUUUGAGACCUUCCUGAGCCACCGAGGGGAGGAAAUCGGAUCCGUCAGAGGCCGGGUCCGCAUUCACGUGCCCAAGGACCGACGAGGAAGUCGCGAGAAGACGUACGAUUGGUUCCGGUUUGAAAAAGAUGAGAAAGCUCCCAGCAAGGGACACGUGUGUCACGCUUCUCCUCGAGUACAAAUAAACAGGUGUUUGUCAGCUCCUCCCAAGCCGAGCCCUAGCAGCUACACCAAUCCGGCCUACUUCAUCUUGGAGGACGUGUCGGUGGUCCGUGGUACGGAAGAGCUUCUGCCCCAGCGACGGGACCCUCAGGUGAUCUGGGCCGGAAACGAAGCUCUGCAGCUCCCCAAGAUCUCGGGACGGCGCGUCUUCAACGCCAGACGUCGCUCGGACUUCACCGAGAUCGAAAUUCCCGCCGUCCUUCCGCAGUACUCAUCCGCUCCUCUUCAAGCGCCUCAACCCGACUCCUCUUAUGAGCUUUUUCCAGCCAAGAAGCCUUCUCCCAUUUCUCCACCUUCUAGCAAAAGUGUCUCGCAGCGUCAGGAGUCUAAAUACCAGCCGAAAAACUCUAUUUUACCAGAUAAGAACCUGAGGAACCUGUACAUGAAUCAAUCAGCAAUUAUGCGGCAAAAAACCAAGAGGGAUCUGCAAGAGAGGACCGAUCCUCUCAGGAAAACUAAGGCCCCGCCGGUUUUCCAAUUCACCCCCAUUCCUGCUCCUUUAGAACACUGCCGGCCCACCCCUUGGGUGGCAGAACAGCAGCAGUGGCGGCAGCCCCCUGGACCAUUGGGAGACAACUCUCUCACUGCUCUACAGAUUGCCAAAUCACUCAGUGAGGUUGACUUCUUCCCUUCAAAACCGUCCUAUCCCAGCUUGAGGUCAGGCUAUGGGAACGGUCCUGUCUUGAACACGGAGCGGCGCCACAGCUGGGAGAAUGAGGUAUCUGUGCUCCAAGGUGCUCCAGAGACCGUUUGUGAGCUUCUCAGUGCACUAGGACUCCAAAAAUACACCUUGGGGCUCAGUCUUAAUGGCUGGGAUGAUCUGGAUUACUUCAGUGGCAUCACAGAAGAUGAUCUGCGCGCUGCGGGAGUUACCAACUCAUCGCACCGUCGCAGGAUUUUGGAGAACCUGCCUCGUAACUGGAACUAAAGUACUUUAAAACAAAACAAAAAAAGGACAGUAACAAAACAUUUUUUUGGGCAGAAGUACAUCUCCGUGUGGCAAUUGUUGAGCAAACUUGAACUUUUCAGGGAUUUUGUCUCAAUGCAUCCGUCCAAAAAAGAGUGUUUGAGGUACAAGAAAUAGCAAAAAGCCAAGAAAAAUACAUCUGCUUCCAAUUCAGUUUUUCUUGAAGCCCAUCUGCUUGUUUUCUUUGCUUCACGUGGACAUGACUGAGUUACUUUUUUUCAUCACUUUUUCAGUGGUGUAUCCUUCAGCAGUCAAAAAACUCAAACUUAUUCCUCCAACUAUCUACAUUAUCUGAUUGCAAAUGUUGACUAUCCCUCCACUUUCUCCUCACUGCGUGUACUUUCCACUAAUAUUGAGCCUCCAUCCGAGCUUGUAAAAGGCCCCCAAACAAACCUAUAGAGUGGUAUGAAAUCCAUAUUGUACAUAUGUCGUCAUGUCCAUUCAGCUCUGUUUACCUUCUCAUACUCUAUCAGGUCACUUAAUCAGCGCUUGGUGUUGACCGUCUGUCCACAAGUAAAGUGCGUUAGUUGACCUUCAGCAAGAUAUUUCUUCCAAUUGACUGAGCGACACUCACAAUCGCACAGCACUGAGCAACAUCUCAAUUUGACAAGAUUGUCUGUUUAUUGUCAUUUUUUGGCUGCGAAAUGAAACCUCGCCGCUAUUGUUUAUAACAAAACCGUUUGGCACAAUCCCAAACGACAAUGACAGUGUGCUUCAGUAGUUACUGAUUAAGGCACGUCCAAACAAACCUUGUCUGUUUACUGACCUCAAGAGCUGGUUUAUCCAUGAUGUCAUCACCAACACACCAUUUUUUGGCAGCUUAUACAAAAAGGAAAUCUUCCCGGCCCUGUUUUCGGGGACCUGUACCGUAAGUGUGGAACAGGACUCUCUGGCUUUAAAAAGAUAAAAAUGCUCAGUUUUGACUAAAUUAAACCAGGUUUGUGGUAUUUUAUCAAGUCAUUCCCUGGCACCGAUAGCAAUUAGACAUGCAAUCAUUAGCCAGUCAAAAUGGAUUGGAGCAGGGGUGUCACUAGGUUUUAAGAACAUGGAGUGCUUAGCCCCCAGGAGAUGCACAGGAUGUAAAUGAACAUAGCGUACAGGCGCAAAACUUCACAAACACGUAACAAAGACUGAUAAUAGCUUCAGUCUAUUUUUUAAUACAGUGGAACAACAGGAAAAAAAUGGCUACAAUGGCGUACCACAAGCAACACGUCACUUUUGCUCAUUAAUAUUCAUGAUGUUAGCAAUUGUGGCUAGGCGGGUAAAACUCCCGUUUGUCCCUAAUAGUGAAUAAAUGGAUAUUGUGUACGAACGAGAUGUUUACUGAACUAAACCUACCAAAUCUGUCCCGUUUGUCCCUAAUAGUAAAUAAAUGGAUAUAGUGUACGAACGAGAUGUUUACUGAGCUAAACCUAUCAAUUCUGUCCAAAAACGAUGUCCCUGUGCCAAAUUCACUGGUAAACAGGUGGAAGAACAUACAAGUGUUCAGUUAAAGUAAUGGCUUUAGUGUCAAGAGAUGAAAAUGACGGGAAAAAGAGCCGCGCCGACCUAAGCUUAACCUUUUAUCGACACCUUUUUCUUACGCCACAAUGACAUUCUCCUGUUUGAACAAUCUUUGACCACCAUAUGCCCUGUCUUCCUUAUAUAUUAUAUUCUCUGGUUCAAGGGCGUAGCUUUGCAUUGGGAUGGUAGGAACAUAACACUACCAACUUUUCAGGAUGCUCAAAUUGUCCCCACCAACUUUUAAGCAACCUUAUUUGCAUUAUAUAAUGACUUCAGUUAUAUAGGUCAUUUGAUUGUCUUCCCAUAUGUUGUAAGGGUACAAUGGCGUACCGCAAGCAACACGUCAGUUCCGCUCAUUAAUAUUCAUGGCAUUAGCUACUGUUGCUAAGUAAGGACAAGCCACCGUUUGUCCCUAAUAGGAAAUGACUGGAAAUCGUGUACGAAGGAGAUUUAAACCUACCGAUUCUCUCCGAAAAUUAUGUGCCUGGUGCCAAAUUCACUGGCAAAGAUGUGGAAGAACAUAAAAAUGUUCAGUUAAAGAGAUGGCUUUAGUGUCGAAAGCUGAAAAAGACAAAAAAAACGAGCCGACCUAAGCAUAGCUUUAGCUUUUUUAUCGACGCGACUGACAAUGACAUUCUCCUGUUUCAACAAGCUAUCCUUUACCAUCAGCCCUGUCUUUCUUAUAUGUCCUCUGGUUGUCCUACGUCUCUUACCGUUCUUGGGGGUAAUUUAGUUAGCUUUGUGUAGCGAUCGCAAAUGCUACUCAGUGACAGCCAACGAACACUUUUAAUUUUUUCAUUGAUAACACAUCUUAAUCCUAUAAUUUAUUUACACUUCCCCCUUACUAAAGUUGUUUUUUUAUAUAUAUAUAUAUAUAUAUAUAUAUAUAUAUAUAUAUAUAACAGAAACGGUAACAGUGGCAGUCAGAUACCAUUGUAAUUCUUUCAGGUCAUUCAUUGUCAGACAGAAGCAGUACGGCACGUUACGCAAAAAAAAAAAAAAAGUUAAAAAUAUAAAAAUGGCUUACCUCUUUGUCCUCUGAAAGACCAUGCCAACCCAACAUAAUGUUUACUGCAUAUGAAACGUGAAUGGAUUCGCCGAGCUGGUGUUAAAAAGUUGAUUCGGUCUUCACAUUUUUUCCUCUCGAGUUUUUGGUUUCCGGAAACGUAUGAAGAAUAAUCCUUCAUGUGUCGUAAUGUCUAGAGUCGUUUCUACAAGUUCCAAAAAAGCAAUGCGUGAUCGGCAUGUUCGUUUUUGAAAGAUUACCGGAGAAAAGUAGCACUUUUUACGUUGGGUCUAUGGGAGGGUGGGUCUAUAAUGUCCCACUUCGGCUUUACUUCCGCUUUACGAUGCGACGUCACGGUCUAAAAAUAGCCUGCGUGCGGUACACCAUUGACCCGACCAUUAUUAAGUUAAUUACAGUACUUUCAUUAUGUUCAGACUUACAUUCACCUCUUUUCACUUACUGAAUGUGCCAGUCCAUUUUUUCCCUCAAACGCACGUUUGAUUGGCUGAUGACUUAACACACACACACACACACACACACUCGCAUUGACAGCCCGACAGAAAUACAACAUGCCGCCUCCUCCGCCCCCUUCGAAGACGAGGGAUAUUAGAAGUUUUUUUCCGCCAGCAGCAGCCACUGUAAGUAAUCUGAAAUGCCGUCAAUGUUGUGGAGGUGGGGAACACACCAUCAAUUUUACUACUGAAAGUCCGACCUACAUCAGACUUAGUAUAACAUUAAUCUGUGUGAAUUUCUCGAACUCGAGGAGGAAGUUGCAUUGAGAGAAAUACCCUCCUGUAUGUUUUCUACUAUUAACGUUAAAACUAAAAAAUGUAGUGAACUAAGGAUUAUCCCCUUAUAGAUAAUUAAUUAAUGAUUAACAAGUUUGUAUUUCUUGUGUAUGUUACUAUAAUUUGUGUUCAGAUAUUGCAAUUUAAAUUUGCUAAUAAAUUCCAGACAUUUAUUCUGGGAGUUUUCAAACUAUUUCUUUAGUAGUUUUUGAAAACAAAAUGAAAGUUAGUCGUAGUCAAUACCAGAUUUAUUUUUCAUUGAUCAUUUAGGCUCAUAUUGGUGAGAAAUGUAGCCCUGACCCCCGUUCACCCAGUGUUUGGUCUUUUAAAUGUCCCGUCCGCAGCAAAAAGUGUACAUGCCGUUUAUGCUGUUAUAUUGUCUCUCCCAAUGUUGAGGCCAAACCUACGUCCUUGCUCUGGUUGUCUUACGUCUCUAACUAUUCUUGGGGGGAAUUUACAUUGCCAUUCUUGUGUAGCGAUCGCAAAUGCUACUGGGUGACAGCCAACGAACACUUUUAAUUUUUUCAGUAAUAACAAAUCUUAAUUCUAUAAUUUAUUUACACUUCGCCCUUACUAAAGUUGUUUUUUCAAAACAGAAAAGUAAACAGUGGCAGUCACAUAGCAUUUUAAUUUUUUUCAGGUCAUUCAUUGUCAGACAAAAGCAGCACGGCAAAACGCCACGCGAAUAAGUAAGUAAAAAUAUCAAAAUGGCUUAUCUCUUCGUCCUCUGAAGGACCAUGGCCCCAAACAAAGUGUUUACUGCAUAUGAAAUGUGAAUGGCUUCACCUUGCUGGCGUUAAACUGGUCUUUUGGACGUCCACGCAAGUUGAUCCAUUCUUCACAUUUUUCCUCCGAGUUUUAUGUUUCGGGAAACGUAUGAAGAAAACAUUCUUCAUAUGCCAUAAUGUCUAGAGUCGCUUCUACAAGUUCCAUAUCAGCAAUGUUUGAUCGGCAUGUUUAUUUUUUGAAAGAUUACCGGAGAAAACGAGCAGAAAUAUAAUGGAUUGUAUGCGAGGGCGUGUGUAUAAUAGGGCGGUACGAUGGCGACGUCACGGUCUAAAAAUAGCAUUCGUGUGGUACGCUAUUGCAAGUUACUUGGUAGAUGAAAGCAUCAUAGAAUGCUACUGCUAUAGAAUGCUAUAUAAAAACAGAUAUAUAUUGUUGUUAUAUUGUAGCCUCUACAAAGCAACGCUAACUCGGUGACAAUGCACACUCAGCAGGAAAAAACAUUAUUUUCAAUUAUUUGUACUCACCUGGAUGCCCUAAACUGUAUGUAAAAAAAAAAGAAAAAAAAAAGUUGACUGACAAUUUAAGAUGACGCUCUCCACGCUAAAUGCUAAUGCUAACUAGAACACUAAUGCUAUGGUAGCGCUUUGAGUCAACUGUCAUCAUCAUCGUCAUCGCUUUUGCAACAGUGUCACCAGUGGAUUGGACAUCUUUUGCCGUCAACGGUGCUGAACGAUGAUCCAUUACAGUCACUGGCAGCCAAUGAGUUAAUUAAAACACAAUCAUUGCAUGAGUCAAUAUAAUGUAAAGAAAGUCCAUUCCUGUUGAUUUCGGGAUAAUUCCAGGUAAGAGUUCAAAGUCAAUGGAAUAAUCAUUCACUGAUAGCCAAUGAGUUAAAAAAAAAAACAUACUGUGAUUGCAUGAUUCAAUACAAUGUAAAAGUCAAAUUUGAUUGUUUUUGAGGAAGUUUCGGGUCAGUUCUUGUUGAUUUUGGGGCAGUUAGGGUCAUUCCCUGUUGAUUAUGGGGCAUUUACAGGUCAUGUUCUAUUUUGGUGCUAUUUCCGGUCACUUCCUGUUGAUUCAGUUGUAUUGUCAGGUCGCUUCCUGUUUAUUUUGGGGUAAUUUAGAUUGCUUCCUGUUGAUUUUCGGUAACCUCCUGUUGAUAUGAAAGCAUUCACAGGACACUUCCUGUUGAUUUUGGGGCAAUUCCAGGUCAUUUCUUGCUGAUUAUGGUGAGUUUUCAGGUCACUUCCUAUUGAUUUUGGGUAAUUUCCUAUUGAUUUUUGGGACAUUAAAGAUCAGUGUUGGGAAUAACAGCGUUACAUAACGGCGUUAUUUUUUCAGUAACGGGGUAAUCUAAUUAUUUUUUCUGCUGUUACAACGCCGUUACCGUUACUGACGGUCAAAAGUAGUGCGUUACUUUGAAUAAAUUGAAGAAACUACCAGCCAUAGCGAGUCUUCUCUGCUCUGUUUACAUGUCAUCCAAGACAUUCAGGUUAAUGGCAAUGAAAAUAGUAAACACACAUAGCCUACCUUUGCAAGAACGAUGGAGUUGCCGUCUGAUACAGUCAUAAUGUGCAGGUCCUGCACCCAUCCGCAGCAAAACUGUUCGUAGCAAUUUGUAAUUUCGAAAUUGCUGAUGAGUUUAGUAACAUAUACCAAACAAUAAAUACAGCAGAAUGUCCAUUUCGCGUAAUUGUGGAAGCCCGUCGACAUUUUUACUCCAUUUGUCUUCGGCUUGCUCGUAAGGGUCAACAUUGUUCAUAUCCUUAAGUUUAAUCUGUUCUUUGCCUUAGUAAUGAGUUUGUCUCUUUAUUGAACUGGCAAGUUAAAGUUUGAUAUCCCGUGAGCCAGACCUGCUUCCAAUAUGGCUGCGUUGUUGUCACAUCUCACGUGAUCCCCAUUCUGUGACGUAAACGCUCGAGCCUAAUAGCGCACAUACUUCAGAGCCAGUGUUUUCACACACAAACCGGAACAGCGCGUGCGGCAAACACACACAUGCAAAACAGAUGCAGAGGGAUAUGAUGGCAGAGCAUUCAGAGGAAAAUUUGUCCUUUACGAGGUGGAGAUAUAAACACUAUUUCAAGUUGGUCGAAAUUAAAGGAAAGAACGUGCAUGUAAAGUGUAAUUUAUGUCCCGGGGCAAAGCUUUUGUCGACAAUUGUGGUAAGCAAUUCAAAUCUGUUUAUUUUGUUGCACUUCAAGUGUAGGAUAAAUCUGUUGCUGGUGAGGUGCAAUAAAUAUUACAAGGUUCUAUAACACAA